AUGGACGGUCCAGCCCUCGUGCCCGACGAUGUGCUCGACCCGCUCCCUCCGCCGCCGCCGCGGCUGUUCGAACGCCUUCGCCAGAUAGCCGGGUAUAGCUGGGACGAGACGACGCCGCCCUUUCACUCGACCUAUGACUUUUGGCACGUCUUCGGCACCCGAUUUGUCUCUCCCACGUUGCCCACCUCCUCGUCGUCGCAGAACGCCUCCAGCCCGGGCUCAGUGUCCAAGUUCCAGUCGGGUCGCCCGACUCCCUCAGAACAUGGCGGACCGCUCUCCAGCUACAGCUUUGGCUACAGCAGCGAAUCCCCCGCCUCCCCGCUGCCCACGCCUCACACGAACCCUCUCGCCUCCCCUUCCGCCGAUGGAACGUACUACAUUGAAGAGCCCGUCGUGGCGCGCGUGUCGCACCAUGCCCUCCGGGAGGAGAGGGCCUUCCAGAUCGCCAGGAGCGCCACCUCAGUCGACCCCAACGGCGACCAUAUAGUGAAACCCCUCGACCUGAUACGACUGAGCCCGGUCGUUGGCGACCGCGGGGCCAUCGUCGUGGCCAUAUACCAGCACCCUGGCCCCAACCUUCUGCUCGACUUCAUGGACAUGGGGCCCGCCUGGUACCAUGCGCGCAAGGACGGCGACGCGUACCGCGCCUACUACUGCCGACCGAAGCUUCUUCCACCGAUAAGCCUCCGACUGUUUCUCGACUUUGCAAUAGGUGCAACCCAGUGCUUAGAGAUCCUGCACCACAGCCGAGGCAUGGUCCACGGAGAGAUUCGCGGGGAUGCGUUCCACUUCAACGCCGAAGACCAGAAAGUCCGGGUCAUGUCCUUCGGGUCCGGCGUCCGGUCUUUCGAACACGGCCUCACCAGCACCGGCUGGUCGAUGCUCUCCAAGGAACUGGGCGGCAGGAAUAAGCUGCUCUUCAUCAGCCCCGAACAGACUGGACGAAUGCCCGCCGAACCCGAUACCCGGACGGACAUCUACUCCCUUGGCGUCGUCUUCUGGACCCUCCUCACCCAGCAGCCCGUCUUCACCGGCGAGUCAGCCCUCGACAUAGUCCAAGGAGUGCUGGGCCGCAGAAUCCCCAACGUCGCGACUGUGCGAAUGGAUAUACCGGACGUCAUCGGGAGGAUCAUCCAGAAAUGCACCGCCAAGAACGUGGCUGACCGCUAUCACUCGGCCAGCGGGCUUCGCCACGAUCUCAUCAACAUCAAGGAGUUUCUCGAAGAUGGAAACUCCCAAGCCCUCAAGGAGUUCAGGAUAGGCACGAGCGAUGUCUCGUCCUUCUUCAUGCUCCCGACCUCCAUGAUUGGCAGACAGGAGGAAAAGGCCACCGUUCUCAAGGUCAUUAACCGUGUAGCCAAGAGCCAUGCUGCCCAACGCAAGGGCCCCGUCAGCAGGUUUUCAGACGCGGCCAGCCUCCACGAGCUGACGACCUUUGACGACAUCUCUAGCGAAGGCGGUGCCAGCUCGGUCGAUGGCAACAACCGCAGGAGCGGCUCAUUUGCCCAGACCGCAUAUUCAGAGACAAAACCUACAAAGAACAACUUCUUCCCACCCAUGAGAUCCGAGACCAUGACCUUGUCGACCGACACCACCUCUUCAUCCCAAUCCACUGCCGCCGCCGCGUAUCCUAGAUUUACAAAACCGUGGGAGCGGUGGGAGCGCAAUCAGUCCAUCUCCUUGGGUUCCCUCUCCAUGGACUCCUCUAGCAUGGUCGAAAGCCUCAACGUCGAGGGACCCCGCGGCCCGUUCGACAUGGGCUCGUCCAGUCUGUCGAGGCAGCUUGGCUCGUCCAAGUUCCGCCGCCAUGGACACUGCGAGGUCAUCACGGUCGAGGGCGCCGGAGGCGUCGGCAAGAGUCUCUUCGUGCAGUCAGUGCUGGCUGACGCUCGGCGGAACGGCUACUGCGCGACGGCCAAGUUCGACACCUCAAAAAGGACGCCCUUUGGACCGCUGCUCAAGCUGCUGUCGUCGCUCUUCAAACAAGUGUGGGGAGAGAGAAAUACUGACACGCCCUUCCACCAGGGCCUGAAGCAAUACAUCCGCCCGGUGUGGCCGAUGCUGCAUAGAAUCCUGGGACUGCCGGAGUUUUUACUUGGCUCGCCCGACAUGAUGAACCUGGCACGGCCGAUUUCGUCGUCCCAAAGCUCAGGUUCUCGCAAGGAUGUCCGGCCGCCACUCAAGCGUAGAACCUCAUCCCCCGGAGAGUCCCCCGGACCGUUACCGCGGAGCGGGACCCAGUCCUCCCAAGACUAUCUCCGCGCCGGAACGUCAACUAAAAGCAUGCGUCUAAUCAACACCAUUCUAGAUGUGCUCAGGGUCUUCACCACCCACAAGUUUAUCUGCUUCUGCCUCGAGGACCUGCAUUUCGCCGACGACGAAUCCCUGGAGCUCAUCUCGCAGAUUAUAGCCGCCCGCAUGAAAAUGGUGGUCAUCGUCACCUACAGGCCAGAGGAGCUUUCGCCGGCCAAGCUUCAAGCAGUUGUCCAGCCGUUAGACGCAGACGGUGAUUAUGGUGCUUUUCGUUCGGCCUUGCUCGAUGCUGAUACCGUGGCAGAACAUCCCCGCAGUGCACGCACACAAGUAACCAGAAUCGUCCUGAACCCUCUUAGCGAGGAUGACAUCCUUCACUAUGUAUCAGCCACCCUCUGUAGACCCCGGGACGAGAUCCUUUCCCUUGCUCUAGUUAUCCAGUCCAAGACAGCCGGCAAUCCAUUCUACAUGCGAGAAAUGCUCAGCGCCUGCCAUAGGAAGAGGUGUAUCUGGUAUGACUACCGUGAUAGUCAAUGGCACUACGACAUGGAUAGACUGUUUGCGCAGUUCCAGGGUGAGAAAGACUAUGAUGUUCUAGAUACCGCCUUCAUCACCCACCGGCUGGGUGAACUGCCGUCUGCUGCUCGAGCAGUGCUGGCUUGGGCGGCCCUCCUCGGCGGCUCCUUUUCGUUUGAGCUUCUGUGUCGCCUCAUGAGCGGAGAGUUCGACUACCCAGACGACGACGACGACGAAGAAGCAGAACCGGCAGCCUGUGCGAACGUCACACAGCGCGCCUACACCGAGGGAGAGGCCAUUGCGGGCUUACAAGCAGCCAUCCAAGCCUAUAUCAUUGUGCAGACCGAGACAGACGACCGCUUCCGCUUCGCCCAUGACCGGUACGUGCAGGCUUCUUCGGCCCUGAAGGAGUGCAAGGCGCGAAAGAUGCACUUCAUCAUCUCCCAGACGCUACUGAAAUACUACGCAGUGGAAGCCAGACAGCGUGACAGCACGGCUUCGCACAUCUGCACGGCCGUCGACAUCAUCAGGCGUCGUUGCGCACGAGCCGCGACGGAGAACGGCGCUCGACCCACCGCGGCCAAGUACUACAACGCGGCAGUCCGGCUCUUGCAGGACGACCCGUGGUCUGACGAUGUGGAAGACGCCUCCUACGACGAAACGAUACAGCUUUACCUCCGGUCGGCAGAGUGCCAUCUGUACAUGAGCCAGGUGACGUCAGCCGGCGAGCUUCUCUCCCAAAUCUUCGCAAACGCCAGAAAUCCGGUGGACAAGGCACCGGCCUAUGUCCUGCAGUCGCGGAUAUAUGCUCAGAGCGGCGACUCCCCGGCGGCAUUGGUUUCCCUCAAGGAGUCCCUGGGCCUGCUCGGCGUCUCCAUCGACGAAGAGGCGACGACGUUUGAGAAGUGUGACGAAAAGUUCCACAAGAUUGCGGCCCAAAUCCAAGACAUGGACCGUCAAGCACUGCUAAGCUGCAAGAAAUCGAGUGAUCCGUCAAUAGCGUCCAUCGGCGCUGUGUUUGCCGAGACCACCAAUGCAGCCUGGUGGAGCGACUGUUUACAGUUCUACCAUCUCAGCCUUCUCAUGUUUGACAUCCACCACUCUCGGGGCCCCUUUCCGCAGUCUGGGAUGGUGUUCCUCAACCUGUCCGUCAUAGCACUGGCGCGUUUCAACAUGGUUCCGUUUGCCAUCGACAUGAGCAUGCUCGCCCAAGAUCUGCUGUUCCAGACCCGCGAUGCCUAUUCGCUGGCACGAGGCGAAAUGCUGCACCAAUGCUUUGUCGGGCACGUACAGUGCUCCAUGUCGCUGGCCAUGUCCCAGAUGGAGGAUGCGAUUGAGCUGGCGUCCGUUGCCGGAGACAGGAUGUCGACGAUUCACAGCUACGGACUGGCUGCUCAGAUCAAGUUCUUCGCGAGUGAGAACUGCAGCGAUCUGGAGGCGUUUUGUGAGCUCGCCUGCGAAGAGAUUUACAGAUGGAACUGUGAUACCAGGGGCGGAGUCAUGCUCAUUGCCGUAAGACAAGCUUGCAGGGCGUUGCAGGGCAAGACGCGCGCCCACAACGCCCUUGAGGUCAUGACGGACGAUGAGCACAACAGCGCAUCGUACAAGAACUGGAUGACGGAACGGACCAAAGGCAGCAACCGUCCGAUGCUGUUCUACGAAAGCUUUGAGAUCGUCGUACUCUUCAUGUACGGCCACUACGACCGCGCCAUUGAACUCGGAGAAAGAUGUUUCAAUCAGCUCGCCGAUCUGUGGUCAGCGCGGAAUACGAGGAUGAUCGUUUUGUGCUACGGAUUGGCUCUCGCCGGGCGAUUACUUGGGCGAAUGCAGGAUCCUCGCAGCCAAGCUGACGACUUCACCGCGGAGAUUGCGCAGCUCUUGGAAAAGCUCAACGUAUUCUUGAAGAUGAUAUACGACUGGACAACAGUGUCCAACGUCAAUUACUUGGCGUGGGCGAGGCUUUUGGAGGCGCAAAUGGCAGAGCUGUCGGGCGACCAUGGCGGCAGCGUCCAGGCUUACGAAGAGGCGCUGGACCACGCUACCGAGCAUGACUUUAUGCUCGAAGAAGCCCUGGGCAACUACCUCAUGGCCGGCUUCUUCAUCCGACGCAAGGCGCGACGGUCUGCUCGUGCGGCUCUCCUGGAUGCUUUGAGCUUGUUCAGACAAUUGGCGGCUACUGGUGUCGCCCAUGCCAUCGAAGAGGCGCACUCACUUCUCCUGCAUGGGCCCACGCGGAACCAUCGCGUUGCCGAUGUGGGCGUCCAGACCGACUUCGUCACGGACGCGCCUUCAGUUCAAUAUCGCCCCGUGGAUGGAGAAGACGACGACGUUCUCACCCAGAUUCCCUCCAACGCCCUCACCGAGUCCAAGGGGGAACAGAUUGGGGCGUGGAGAAACUCGAUGCAGAUGCAGGCGGAAGACGGUGGCGGACUCCCUGCUCUCGAUAUGAUCGAUUUGCACGCGAUCCUCAAGUCCUCACAAGUCAUCUCGUCGCUGCUACAGGUGGAAGAGCUGCUCAAGACCAUGUGCGAUGUCAUUCUGCAAACCUGCGGCGGCUCGGCGACCAACGCCGCGAUUGUAGUUGAUGCUGAUAGCGACGGCUGGUGUGUGGCUGCUAGUGGUGACCCGGAGAAGGGGGCUUCCGCACACAAGCCGCCCUUGCCCCUUGCGAACACCCCCUUGAUUGCCGAGAACGUGGUGCUGUACUGCACGCGCUUCAUGGAGAGCGUCUUCAUCCCGGACAUUGUUUCCGACGAGAGAUUUGGCAAUGUCAGCGAAUCCUGGCUACAGAGGAAUCCGACAAGCAAGGCCAUCAUUGCCAUUCCAAUUCGGCAUGCGAACAAGCCGCUGCUGGGCGUGCUAUAUCUCGAAGGCGUCCCUGGGUCCUUUACGGACCGCAACGUGACCGUUCUUCAGCUCUUGGUCAACCAGAUCGGCAUCAGCUAUUCGAAUGCUCUGUCUAUCAAGAAUAUCGAAAAGAUCUCGGCCGAAAACCAUUCCAUGGUGGAGAUGCAGCGGCGUGCGCUGAAGAAGGCCAUCGAGGCGGAAGCAAAGGCGAAACACGCAGAAGCAGAGGCGAAACGGAACGUCAAGCUGGCCGAAGAGGCUGCAAAGGCCAAGUCCAUCUUCCUGGCCAACGUGUCUCACGAGCUUCGGACGCCUCUCAAUGGAGUCAUUGGAAACUCGGAGCUCUUGCGCGACAGCAACUUGAACAAGGACCAGCUCGAAAUGGCAGAUUCGAUCCGCGUCUCGGCCGACCUCUUGCUCACUGUUAUCAACGACAUUCUGGACUUUUCCAAGAUGGAAGCUGACAAGAUGAAGCUUUACAUCAUCGCCUUUAAUCCGGAGGAGAUGGUGAGGGAAGUCGUCCGGGCAGUUUCUUAUAGCAAUCGAGAGAAGACGUCGAAGAAGAAUGUCAAGAUCAUCCAGGACAUCAACCUGCCAUCCAUGCUGAUCUAUGGCGACCCAAUCCGGCUUCACCAGGUUCUCGGGAAUCUCAUUGGAAACAGCCUCAAGUUUACAGAGGACGGCUCCAUCACCAUUGGCGCUCGCCUGGAUCACGAGACCCAAGAGAGGGCGACGCUGACGUUCUGGGUCAGGGAUACAGGAAUCGGCAUCCCGCCUGAGCAGCUGGCCAACCUCUUCCAACCGUUCAGCCAGGCGGACGCCAGCACAGCUAGGAAGUAUGGCGGGAGCGGGCUCGGGCUCAGCAUCUGCAAGUCACUCAUCGAGAUUAUGAUGCAGGGCAAGAUCCAGCUCGAGAGCGAAGAGAACACCGGCACUACCGCCUGGUUCACAGUCUCCUUUGAGAAAGCCAAGCCGGACGUUGCCGCUGGAGAUGCACAGUUACAGACGUCGGCCCCCGUCGAUAGGUAUUCGGCCAGAACCUCUUCGUUUGUGGAACGAGCGGCUUCUCCGAAUCCGUACCUUGAUCUGACCCGGGUUCCCAAGGAGGAGAUUCGCAUUUGCGUGGCAGAGGACAAUCCCAUCAACCAGAAGAUUGCCAUUCAGUAUGUACAGCGAUUGGGAUACACCAGUGUCAGUGCCUAUGAGAAUGGGUUAAAGGCGGUUGAGGGCCUCCGGCAAAAGGCUCGAGAGGGCAUCCCUUACCAUAUCGUCCUCAUGGAUGUCCAGAUGCCAGUCCUUGACGGCUACGAAGCUACCAAGCUCAUACGAAGCGACCCAAUCGACGAGGUUCGAAAAAUCUUGGUCAUUGCCAUGACGGCAUCGGCCAUCCAAGGCGACAGGGAGAAGUGUCUGGCUGCCGGCAUGAAUGAUUACCUUGCAAAGCCCGUUCGCGCGGAAGUACUCAAGCGGAAGCUGGAUGCAUACAUGAGCAAUUCGAGGCCUGGCCCGCCAUCCUCCACCCCUUCACCGGCGAAUGCGAUGACAUAUGCAGACACGACGAAUGGCUAUAGCAGUGAAACGGUAUCGUCCGUUCAAAAGCUGCCGCCGCCUCCGAGGAAACCUCUGCCCAGCAGCGCAUCCAGCACAAGCUCUUCCGAGCCGGUGAUUCGAAAACCGGUACCUAUACGAUCGGGAUCCGGUUCAUUGCACGAGUCACUCUUCGACGGGCCUCAUAGCUCUGAGGAUUUGCAGCACCCUGGAAGCCCAAUAUAUGAUGAGGAGGUCGAAACUCCGUUUGGGGAUGAUUCGGUUGCCAGCCAAGCAGACACAAAGAGCCGCUCCACAAGCAGGACGUCGAGUGAUCAGGAGUGCUCCGACUCUGGAGCAAGGAGAGGAUCUACUUCGCAGGGGCAGAAACAGCAGCCUCGAAAACUGGCCAAGAGCCGGGGGAAUAGCACCACCGAGGCGUCGAAGAUGGAGAAUGGCGCCCAGGAGGCGAAGGAGGGGGAGGAGGAGGAGAAGCCGCAGCAGCAGUCGUCGAUUGUCAAAGACGCCUAG